AUGCUGGACGAUAUUGAGGGACCCGCGGCGAGCCCUUUGCUGCCUACCGGAGCAAGUGACAGGUUCGCGAAGUUGACAGGGCCGCAGAUCGGACAGCCGUUGUACCGGAAGCUGUUCGUGUUUACCAGGCCGGGGUGGCGAGCGUAUCUGAAGCAGUUCAUGACGCUGCAGGAGCUCUCUGGAGCGUUCGGGGAUAUCGGCCUAUUCCUACCGCUGCUCACUGCGCUGGCCAUUGGACGAGUGCACGGUGUACCGCAAAUUGAGUUCGGAGCGGCGCUGUUCUUUGCGGGAGUCUUCACGUCCAGCUUGGCACUUCACUUCAACGUACCGAUCCCAGUGCAACCCAUGAAGACAAUUGCCGCCGUGGCCAUUGCUGACAAGCUCCCGAACGAGCAAAUCAUCGCUGCGGGUAUCCUCAUGGGGGCCAUCGUGGGCGUUUUGGCGCUGACUAACAUUAUCACGCAUGCGAGUAAGGUCGUGCCCGUUGCUAUUGUACGUGGAAUCCAGCUGGGUGUUGGGAUCAGUUUAAUGGGCAAAGGCUUCAAGACCGCGUAUGUGAAAGCGACAACAUCAACUAAGGACGAGGUCGUUUGGCUUGGCCUCGACUCUGUGUCCAUUUCGCUGCUCCUUGGGAUCCUAUGCAUCGUGUUCAUCCGUAACAAAAAAGUUCCUAUGGCGCUCUUGCUGUUUGUCUACGGGAUGCUCGUCGCUGUAUACCAGUAUGUACGUCUGUGUGAUGAAUAUCACCUGCCUGUGCUGUCGCUUUUCGGUCCGGUGUUCGUUGCACCAGUGGUCCCGUCAGCGCACGACUUCGGCCAGGCAUUUGUGUAUCUCGCCUUGCCACAGCUUCCGCUGACUCUGCUAAACUCGGUGGUUGCCCUGGAAUCGCUAGCUGCCGAGCUCUUCCCAACACACGACAAACCCGCCGGCGUGCGUCGUGUGUGCUUUAGCAUCGCUGGUGGGAAUCUGCUGUUCUCGUGGUUCGGCAUGCUGUCUGUAUGCCAUGGCGCCGGUGGUCUGGCCUCUCAGUACGCUUUCGGCGCACGCAGUAGCCUAUCAAUGGUUUUUCUCGGGGCUUUCAAGAUGUUCUUCGCUUUGCUACUGGGCUCAACGUGCGUGGCGCUGCUUCAGACGGGCAUCUUCCCGUCAUCCGUGCUCGGCGUUAUGCUGGUCUUCAGCGGGUUGAGUCUCGCUAUCGUCGGACUCAAAGUCGACACAAGUGAUCACGAUGCUGCGCUGCUGCUGCUGGCCACGACGUCAGGCUGCCUCGCCUUCAAUACGGGCGCGGGCUUCCUCCUCGGCCUUGGUUGUCAUGUGCUACUUCAAACUGUGCAGCACUUCAACAACAAGGUCAAGUAA